AUGGGAUUUUGGCAUUUCGUUGCGUUCUUAUGUUCAGCUUUCUUUUUUGCACAAAUUUGUUCAAAGCCAACAAACUGCAUCAUGCGAAGGAAACACGUGAAAACAGCUUACAGUCUACUUGAGAAUAUGGGUGGUCUUUUCCCUCGCGAAUGCUUGGAAGAAAACGUCAAAAUAACGUUUCCGAAAUAUGCACUGCAAUCAAAUAACUCUAAUCAGAAAACCGGUGUAGCAAAAGCAAUGUAUAAAAUUAUGGAUCACAUUGACCUCCUCUUUGUCAACGACAGUUAUCCGGAGUCCUGGAAUCAGAGGAAAGUGGAUAAUUUCCAAAACAUCGUUUACCGUUUAACAAAAGAGAACAAAUGUAUUAUGAGGAUGAGAGUUCAAGGACCCGUGGAUGAUUUUCCAGCAAGAGACGACGCACUGAAAUCCUACUUUGAUAAACUGGGCACUCUUCUCAGAAAUAAGGACAACAGUUUUUGCGCAUGGGAAGUGGUCCGAAAGGAGCUCCUUAGUGUUCUUAGCGACAUCAUCCAGCCUAAAUUAUAA